AUGUCUGAUUUAAGGGCAAUGUUGGCUCGCCUUAGUCUGUUUGAUGAUGGGAAUCUGUUAGCCGAGUUGCAGGUUAAGCUGACUUGGAUUAAGCAGAUUCAAGAUAAACAGUUAGUGGAUGAGACUCUGGGUUUACGAUUUUGUCAGAUUAAGAGUGGUACUACUUCUAACUUUGGGUUAAAUAGUGAUGGUGUUCUAUGUUUUCAAGGUCGGAUUUGUGUGCCAAAUGAUUCAGAUCUGAGACAGUCGAUUCUGAGGGAGGUGCAUAGUAGCCCUUAUGCUAUGCAUCUUGGCGGUAAUAAGAUGUACCGCGACCUCAGUGAGUUAUACUGGUGGUCGAUUUUGAAGUGUGAAGUUACUGAUUUCGUUGCUCAUUUUUUGACAUGUCAGCAGGUUAAGGCUGAGCAUCAGUCGCCUUCAGGUUUACUGCAGCCAGUUAAGAUUCGUUUAUGGAAGUGGGAAUGA